ACCCAUUUCUACGAACCCGUCACUUAACAGUUAACUCUUAGAAGUAUCUCGUUGGCAUAACGCUGAUACACGAAGGACAAUGGCAGGCCCCAAAGUCCUCGUCCUCGGCGGCACGGGCCCUGCAGGAAUAUGCCUCCUCAGGGAGCUUCUCCAUCGCAAUCACCCUGUGGUAGUCUUUGCCAGAACGCCCUCCAAGAUCCCAGAAGAUCUCGCAUCAAACCCCCUCCUCGAGAUAAUCCAAGGCACCCUAACGGACCUCGACGGCCUCUCUACCGCCGUCUCAACCUCCCACACCAUCCUCUCCUUCCUCGGCCCAACCACAACCAGUAAAUUUGACCCCACCAUCUACUCCACCUUCUAUACCUCCCUCUUCAGCCUCAUGCGCCAACACUCCGUCCGCCGCAUCUUCGCCAUGGGCACUCUCUCCAUCCCUCAACCAAAGGACAAGUUCUCUCUCCUGCGUCUCUUCUUAGUCUUCAUCGUACGUCUGUUCGCUAACUCCGCCUACCGCGCUAUUCUGGAUAUCGCGCGCGCGUUCGAGGAGGCGGGGCAGGGGGUGGAUUGGACGGUUUUUAGGAUCGCGGGGAUUCCGGGGGGGAGUGAUGAGGAGGCGUGGAGGAAGGAUAGGGAGGAGGGAGAGGUGUUUGAGGGGUGGAUUGGGGAGGGGGGGUGGAGUGUGAUGCAGAAGAGGGGGGCGUUGGCGAGGUGGUUGGUUGAUGCUACGGAGGAUGGGAGGGAGAGGUGGAUUGGGAAGAUGCCGGCGGUGGGGAAGUUGAAGGGGAGUAAGACGAAGGCGGAUUAAGGGUGUUUUUUUGUGGCCGUCUUUGACGUUGGUUAUUCGAAUUCAGGGCUAUUGAGGGGGGGUGAUACUGUCAUUCCCAUGCAUAGGGGACGAUAAAUGUGGCCGAUGCUUCUAUUCUCUAUCCUCCGUUUCUAAUGUUGUAAAUGCUGUAAAUGUCUAGUACAUAGUUCAUAAAUCCAGCGCCAGUAAUGCAUCUAUCAACUGCCGUCAGAGUGGACGG